AUGGCUUACCCUCCACCACAUCCGUACUGGAUGCCAGGUGCAUACCCUCCUGCACCACCCCCUUAUAGCUUUAGUCAGCCUCCGUAUCCUCCCGCAUACUCCCCUCCCGCAUAUCCCCCUCCCGCAUAUCCCCCUCUUGGAUACCCUCCUCCCGGAUACCCUCCCGCAUUCCCUCCUCCCGGUUUCCCUCACUCGUCCUUCUACUACCCCUCUCCUCUGACAGUCGGCACUGCCGAUCGACCGAGCCGAGCGAUAGAGGAGACUGUCCAAAUCCACCUCUGCACUACCAGCGAUGUCAUACCUUGGGAAGGUGGGCCACACGAGCUAACAUUUGAUGUCAAAGAAUACGACAUCGAGUGGCCCGUCGAGCGCGUGAUGAAAUACAACGGAAAGGGCAAGGACCAUAAGAUCACCGAGCUGAUUGAGAGGGGAGGCGGCUUCUGGCGAGCUGGUUUGCAAAUCGCGUUCGAUGACACCAAAGCGAGGAAUCCGAUCGCUUGGUAUGGAUGGACUGGUAAGCGAGGCAAGCCGAACCAGCGUGGUCAAAUCGUUUCCCCUCCUGUAUGGGCAGUGAUAACCCCGAUUUGA